CAAAGAUCACUUUCCUGUGAAGACUUCUGUUCUUUCAUCAUAGUCCGGGAGUUGACGACGUUGCCACACUGCAGUCCAGAGCAGAAAAAAUGGGGUUUAAAUAAAAUAAGGUCAACACCCAUUGGGAGGUAGAAUUGAUCGAGGAGCUUCAUUUCCAUCAUCACCAGCCGAUAGCAGCAAGAAAAAAAAGCAUAUGAUGGAGGUCAAAUGGGCUGCUCCCUGCCUCUCCCUCUUGUUCUUUCUCAUCAUUAUCAAUUCUGAGUUCAUUCAUGGCAGUGUAGUUACCUAUGAUAGAAAGGCCAUCGUCAUCAAUGGACAAAAGAGAUUACUCUUCUCCGGUUCCAUUCAUUAUCCAAGAAGCACACCCGAGAUGUGGGAAGAUCUCAUCCUCAAAGCUAAAGAAGGAGGAUUGGAUGUGAUAGAGACUUAUGUGUUUUGGAAUGUCCAUGAGCCUUACCGUGGCCAAUAUAAAUUUGAAGGGAGAUAUGACUUGGUUAGGUUUGUGAGAACCAUUCAAGAAGCAGGGCUUUAUGCGCAUCUUCGCAUUGGACCCUAUGUUUGUGCCGAAUGGAAUUUCGGAGGGUUUCCGGUAUGGCUAAAGUAUGUUCCUGGAAUUAGCUUCAGAACAGAUAACGAGCCCUUCAAGUUGGCCAUGAAAGGGUUCACAGAGAUGAUUGUGAAUUUGAUGAAGAGCAAUAAAAUGUUUGCAUCACAAGGAGGUCCAAUCAUACUCACACAGAUAGAGAACGAGUAUGGGAGCCAAGGCAAGGCACUUGGGUCUGUUGGCAACAAGUAUGCGAAUUGGGCUGCAAAUAUGGCCCUUCAAACGGAUACUGGAGUCCCUUGGGUGAUGUGCAAGCAAGAUGAUGCCCCUGAUCCUAUAAUCAACUCAUGCAAUGGCUUCUAUUGUGAUGAAUUCACCCCCAACAAACCAUACAAACCCACGAUUUGGACGGAGAAUUGGACGGGUUGGUUCUCCUUGUUUGGUGGUGCAAAUUACAAGCGACCGGCACAGGACAUGGCAUUUUCUGUUGCUAAUUUCAUACAAAAAGGAGGUUCAUUAGUUAACUAUUACAUGUACCAUGGAGGCACCAACUUUGGACGCACAGCGGGGGGGCCCUUUAUCACUACAAGCUAUGAUUAUGAUGCACCUCUCGAUGAGUUCGGGUUAUUUCGAAAUCCAAAGUAUGGUCACUUGAAGGAACUUCAUAGAGCACUUAAGUUAUGUGAAAAGGCACUGGUUUCAUCAGAUCCUACCGUGAAAUCUCUAGGACCCCUUCAACAGUCGUAUACGUACGUCUCGAGGUCGGGACAAUGUGCAGCUUUUCUCUCGAACUUCGACGAGCACUCUGCCGUGAGAGUGAUGUAUAACAACAUGCACUAUAAGUUAUCAGCUUGGUCCAUCAGCAUCCUUCCUGACUGCAAGACUGUUGUCUUCAAUACAGCACAAGUUGGGGCUCAAACAGCAGUAAUGGGAAUGCUACCAACUACUUCAGAAAUGUCUUCAUGGGAGUUCUAUCGCGAAGAUGUAUUUGCAUCAGGGGACUUGCCAUUUUCAGCCUAUGGCCUUUUAGAGCAAAUCAAUGUUACUAGAGACAGGAGUGAUUAUUUGUGGUACAGAACAAGUGUCCACAUUGACUCAUCUGAGUCGUUUUUGCGUGACGGCAAGCUCCCAGCACUGUAUGUAAAAUCAGAAGGUCAUGCUCUUCUUGUAUUUGUCAAUGGAAAGCUUUCAGGUUCUGCUUCAGGCACAAGGGAAUUUAAGAGAUUCAUAUUUGUUGAAAAUGUUGAACUCGGGGCAGGGACAAAUACUAUUGCAUUGCUCAGUGUUGCAGUUGGACUCCAGAAUAUAGGUUCAGGUUUUGAGACUAGGAGCACAGGAAUCUCUCCCGGUCCUGUUUUAUUAUAUGGACUUGACAGUGAAAAAUUGGACUUGUCCCAUGCAAGAUGGACAUACCAGGUAGGGCUUACAGGAGAGGCAAAGAAGAUCUUUUCACCCCGUCAUGUUUCGUCAGUAGGUUGGAAGAGAUUGGCCUCUGUGAAACAAACAAAGAAGCCUCUAACAUGGUAUAAGGCUUAUUUCAACGAACCUUCGGGAGAUGAACCAUUGGCUUUGGACAUGAAUAGCAUGGGAAAAGGUCAAGUAUGGAUUAACGGUCAAAGCAUCGGUAGAUAUUGGACAGCGAAGGCCAACGGAAACUGCACAGAAGACAUGGCUAGUUAUGCUGGACGGUAUAAGCCUCAAAGGAACCAAGUUGGAUGUGGUCAUCCAACUCAGAGAAUGUACCAUGUACCCAGAUCUUGGCUACAAUCAAGAAAUUUGUUGGUUGUCUUUGAGGAGCAUAGAGGAGAUCCAUCAAGAAUUACUCUUGUGAAGAGAUCAAUAAGGAGUGUUUGUGCAGAUGUCUCUGAAUUUCAACCGAAUAUGAGGAACAUGCAGAUUGAGAGCUCUGGUAGAAAAGAAAAGUUUCGUAAGCCCAAACUCCGCCUUGAUUGUGGGCGCGGUCAAUACAUUUCCUCCAUCCAGUUUGCAAGCUUUGGAACUCCACUAGGAACCUGCGGGGAAUUCUACAAGGGGCAUUGCCAUGCUACUAGCUCUUAUGUAACCUUAAAACAGAAGUGUCAAGGGAAACCAAGAUGCUCGGUGACAGUAGCAAAUUGGGUUUUUGGAGAUCCAUGCGCAGAUAUGUUGAAGAGUUUGAAAGUGGAAGCAACCUGCAGCCCUUCCCAAUGAGAUUUAAGAGAUCAUCUAUGUGAAUAUUUCCACAUACACGAAAGAGAAAAGAUUGGAAAUGAGAACAUAACACUAAGCACACAGAAAAACACAGUAAAAGUUAGACUAAGUUAAAGGUGAUACGGAGUAUUUGUUUAGAGGUGCUGAAGUUCAAGUAGUGGUCAAACAUUGAUGAGAUCAUGAUUCAUGAGGGUACAUAUAUUUGUAUUAAUAAUCACUUUUUUUCAUUAUUUUUGUUUGUUUUGUUAAUACAAAGUGUAAGUUGCAAUUAAAGUUCAAGUCUAGAGAUUUGAAAGAUGUGGGAAUGGUUCACUUAUUUUGAUACCUUUGACAGGCUGACAGCAAAAUAUAGCUUGCAC